AUGGAUGAUUCUAAAGAGAAUGAUAGCUCUGUUAUAGUGAAUAUUCAGCCCAGCACGCCCAACCGACCAUUGAGUGGCAAGAAUUCCAUGAACUCACUUAACGGGGCGAACAAAAGCAAAGGAAAAAUUGGAUCUCCUAGUAAGGCCGAAGUAGUCAGUCCAAUCAGACAACAGAAGUUGGUAACGUUAACACAGAACUACAACAAGCUAGAACGGGGAUAUGCCGACUUGUUAUUGAAAUAUAAUAACUUGUUGAGUGAAUACGAACAAAUUGAACAGGAAUUACAAAGCAAGGUGCAGACGAAUCGGGAGCAGUCUGGCACAAUAAAUAAGUAUGAGACCUUACUAAAGCAUAUUGAAAAUGAUCAUAACAAGAACAAGGAGUUAUACGAACAGGAGAUCUUUUAUUAUAAGGAGCUAAUUGAUGAUUUGCAGUUGAAGAUCAACAAGAUGACUAACGAAUUGAAUAGCAAAAGGCUUGAGGACGAACAAUUUGACAAGAUUGAUGACGAACUAUUGGAUAAAUAUAAUGCGUUACUGAAGCAAUUCAAGAUUUUGCAGAGCAAUUACGAAUUGGAGCAAAAUUCUAAACUAGUUCUCAUUGAUCAGAUUGAAUACUUGACUAAACAAAAUGACCUAUUAAACCCAGAUGCUGAGAAUGAUAUUCACAAGAGUAAUAACAACUCUAACGCAUCGAACCAUUGCCACGAAUUUGACGAUAGCGUAAUUCAUGUAGAUACCUACGCUCACACUAUGAAUAAUCUAAGUGAUGAAUCAGAUGUUAAUAAUUCUGAUUUGGAGCUUGACGAAGAUCAAGAUUCGCAGAUACUAAGUUAUUUAGCAGACGAUAUGAAUGGUCAGUUUACAUCAUCAUCUCCAAUUAAACGAGAUGAAUCUUUAAAAAUUGCAAACGAUUUUGUAUUCCCUAAUAAUAGUUCCCAGAAAGAUAGAAUUCCGAAUUUAGAACCUGAUUUGAACUUUAAGUUUCCGGCCUCUCCCGAUCCAGAAUCGAAAGAAUUGAAACGCCAAUCAUUACCUGCUACUUUAAAGCAUAAUUCUCAUCUUGAUUUAAAUGAUGAUUUCAUAUUGUCGCCAUUGAAAUUGACUGCGAAUAAUACAUCAUAUUUUAAUAUGGACAAUUCAAUAAAUAACACAACUAAGAGAAGGUAUUCGAAUUCAAAGCCGAACCAUUCUCGUUAUAAUUCGCAUGACAUUUUGCCUAUUAAGGUGGAAUUUGAACCUCUUGAGCUGACUUUAAGGAGCACCUCAGGACCUGACAAAUAUUAUAAUAGUAAUACGAACUCCACAUUAUCUCAAAAUAAUAAUAAAUUCGAAAGCAUUGAAGAACUACCUGAAUUAAUCGCACACACCGAUGGUAAGUCGGUUAGAAAUUCAACGUUCAAUAAAUUAAAUGGCUAUAACAACAUUCCUUCGAAUAGAAGCUCAUUAAAUACAACAGGAUCGUCCAAAUCAAGUUUACUCAUUGAUCACAAUAUUAUGACUAAUGAUAUGACCAAACAAGAGAUUAUGAAAUUGAAGUUCGAAUUGCAUUCCUUAAAAUUGCAUAAUGAAAAAUUGCUAUCUUACAUUGGAUUCGAAUUGCAGAAACAAAAGAAGAACAUUAAAAAGUUAUCACAUAAGCAAUCUACCACAAGCUUGAGGAACUUCAAUCGCAAGAUAGAAUAUUCUGAUGCAAAAUUGAUUGAAAAAUCGAGAGACUUACUAAUCCACAAGAAAAGAGUACUCAGAUCUGUCUCUGUCAACCCAAUAUUAUCCAGGAAAUAUAACUACGAUAACAAUGUUGUUGGUAUACUAACGAAGAGCUUGUUACCAUUCAAGAUAAUACCCGGGCAUGAUGAAGAUCGCUUUGAAUUUACUAGUGAUUUUAUUAAUAGUAUUGAUAAAGAUGAUGAAGAUGAUUAUGGAUUUAUGAAGCAUAAUGACAAAUUUAAUAAGCGAGUAUUGUCUAAUAGCUUCGAAGCUGAUGAAAUAGAUGAUGAUGAAAUAUUUACGCCAAGAGGAAAUCAUGGAGUUAAGAAAUAUAAAUCUCAAAUAUUUAGGAAUAAUGAUUAUGAUUCAUCGUUUAAUACGUCAUAUUAUGAUUAUGAUGAUGAUAAUGAGGAUCACCAUGAAAAUUACACGGAAGAGGAUGAUAAUUGGGAGGAUAUUUCAGGUGAUUCGACAAUUUCAGAAGAGGUUGUUAAUACCCCUAUUUUUAACCAGUUGAAAUAUCUCAUUACUGGUAGUUAUAGUACACCAAAGAAAUCGCAUGCAAGAAAUGAUUCCGUUGACGAUGGUUUGAAAUACAAAUUUUUAUCAAUCGCUAUUGGUAUAUUGAUCAUUGGCUUGAGAUGCACAAACCAAAAUCAUAACCUCUAG